UCCACUGGACUCAAUCAAUGUCAUCGUGUGGACCCAAACGGGUCUCCGUAUACAAAGGAGUUUUGACAACACGUUCUAAACGCGGUACAGUACCGUUGGCAAGAUGGUGUUCCAAAUAUCAGAGUUUGGACACGGAUGUUCGAGAAUAUUGCUUGUGGCCUUGAACGUGCUUUGUAUAGUCACGGCACUCUUCAUCUUCGGCUUCGCCGUGGUCGACACCCGUAUCCUCCACCAGUAUGGCGAAGAAGAAGCAGCAGGCACUUACGUGGGAGACUUGCUGAUCAUUGCCGCCUGUACACUGCUGGUCAUCAUGGGCAUUUUUGGUAUCAUUGCGGUUUUGCGGAACAGCGUCAAGUUGCUUUACUUGUACGUCGGCUUCCACGUGAUCCUCAUGUUGAUAGGGGUGAUGCUGGCCAUCUACGUGGCCCUCCAGCGUUACGGGCUCGAAUACAGAGUUACCAGCUACCUAAGGGAGGACUUCUUCCGCAACGUCACCGGUGAGGAUGUGGCGACACAUCAGCAGUAUUGGGAGUUCUUGGAGGCUAACUACGAGUGCUGUGGUCUGAACGGGCCAGAUGACUACCAGAUCGUGAACUCGCCUGUGAGCGUGGCUUGCUGUCCACGCGCAUACCGCUCCCGCACCGCUGCUGCGCAGAACACGCUCUACCGUAACUGUCUUAACACCAAGGCCUAUUACACGGAAGGGUGUGAGGACGCCAUUUUGUACGCGCUGCGCGACUCGGCUGACUGCAUGAUCGGGGUCGCCUCCAUGUGCUUCUGGUUUGAGGUGACUGGGACGGUACUAUCAUUGAUGGUGGCUCACAAUCUGAAGAACAGGGUGCAAGUUUACAAGAAAACAGUUAAAUAUUAGCUCUCAACGAACAGAGGAAGGAGCGUAUUUAAAAACUUUAAAUGUGAUACUACUUUGAUUUCAAUAUCAUCAGGCGUAUUCUGCCCUACCGCACAUAAUUUAUUAUACGAAAAAAUAUAUAAGUUCUCCUGCAGUUGUUGGAAGUUUCCAAAGAGUUGGGAAUUUCUAUUUUACUAGUAACAAGGGAAACUUGCAUUAUGGAAUUGAAAAAUGCCGAUUCCCAUCCGAGAAUGUCAUAUUCUCGCAUGGGAAAUCUGUCAUAGGUUUUUUUAAUACUACGUCGAUGGCAAACAAGCAUACGAUGCGGCCUGCCUGAUGGUAAGCAGUUUCCGUAGCCUAUAUGGACGCCUGCAACUCCAGAGGUGUUACAUGCGCGUCGCCGACCUAAGGGUCCCUCCGCACCCACCGUAGUUGAACUCUGGUGAGCCUACUCACCAGCAAGAACACAACACUAUCAGUAGGGUCUAGUGUUGCAAAAUUGACAAUUAUGGAAACUUCCAGACAUCAGUAAGUUAUCCAAUGGCUGUUGAGGCUGUUAUACCUAUAACAGGUAGAGCAGAUUACGCACAUAAGACUUUUUUUUAAUAAAAAUGAUUCAAAACGA